UAGUCCUUAAGGUUACUUUAUCAAAGAAUUCUGGGCUUUCGUGUUGCUCAGAGGAUUAAGGAUAUUCUAGUUGAAUAAGUGAAAGACAACUGUAAACAACUUUGUAUCCUCGACGAUUUUUAAACGGAAUUGACACGAUGACUGCUUUCGAAGAAUUUGGCGUGCUACCUGAAAUUGCAAAAGCAGUUGAUGACAUGGAAUGGAUGCUUCCAACUGAUGUUCAGUCAGAAGCAAUACCACUUAUAUUAGGUGGCGGUGAUGUACUGAUGGCUGCUGAAACAGGCAGCGGCAAAACUGGUGCAUUUUGCCUCCCUAUCUUACAAAUUGUUUGGGAAACUCUAAAAGAAAUUGAAGCUGGGAAAUCGGGUAACGUGAACAGCACGACUAAGCCUUCAGGGACAGAGCUAAGCAAGUCUGACAGAACCCCGGCCAUGGCUAUCUCUUCUGAUGGGUUGGUAUGUCAGGCCAGGGAGUUCAAAGAAUGGCACGGGUGCAGGGGGACUAAAGGAGUGGCAGGUGGUGGUAAAUACUAUUAUGAAGCAAAAAUCACCGAUGAAGGCUUGUGCAGGGUUGGCUGGUCCACAGUACAGGCUGCUUUAGAUCUAGGAACAGAUAAAUUUGGAUUUGGAUAUGGCGGUACGGGAAAGAAAUCUAAUAAUAGACAGUUUGAUAAUUACGGGGAACCUUUUGGAAAGAAUGACAUUAUCGGCUGUAUGUUAGACCUAGACGCUGGAAAAAUAUCCUUUUCUAAAAAUGGUGAAGAUUUUGGAUUGGCAUUUACAAUUCCACAACAGCUUUUAAGGUCACCUUUAUACCCAACUGUAUGCUUAAAGAAUGCAGAAAUUGCCUUCAAUUUUGGUUCAAAACCAUUGAAACAUUUGCCCAAAGGCUAUAAACCUCUUACAGAAGCUGAACCAUCCCAUUUAAAAGAUAAUGACCACAAUACAUCUGAGAAAGUAGCUUUGAAAAAAGUCAACAAUGCUCCACAAGCGCUUAUAAUAGAGCCUUCCAGAGAAUUAGCCGAACAGACUUAUCAACAGAUAAUUAAAUUUAAAAAAUACCUUGAUAAGCCGAAUGUAAGGGAGCUGCUUGUAAUUGGUGGUGUAAAUGUUAAAGAUCAAACGGCAACAAUUGAAGCAGGUGUUGAUAUCGUAGUUGCAACUCCAGGACGUUUGGAGGAUUUUGUAGGAAUGAAUACAUUAUCUUUAGCCCAGUGCAGAUUUUUUGUCUUGGACGAGGCAGACGGUCUGCUCAAGCAGGGUUACAAGGACUUUAUAUAUAGGAUGCAUAAGCAAAUCCCAAAAUUUACUGGUGAUGGCAAAAGGAUGCAAAUGAUAGUCUGCUCUGCAACUCUUCAUGAUUUCGAAGUCAAAAAAAUGGCGGAUACAUUGAUGCAUUUCCCAACCUGGGUGGAUCUCAAAGGUGAAGAUGCUGUUCCCGAGACGGUUCAUCAUGUGGUAGUAAAAGUUGACCCUCAGGAAGAUACAACAUGGGAAAAUAUGAGCAAGAGGGUUCAAACUGACGGAGUUCAUGCUUACGAUGACAUCAAACCAGGAAGAAGAAAUGCCGAAACCCUAUCUGAGGCUGUAAAAAUUUUAAAAACCGAAUACGCAGUCCGUGCCAUCAAGAAACACAAUAUAGAUAGAGCCAUUAUAUUCUGCCGAACGAAAAUUGAUUGCGAUAACAUGGAGAAAUAUUUGAAAACGAUGGGAAGUGGCAUGGGGAAAAACAAUCCGUUCUCUUGUGUAUGCCUUCACGGAGAUAGAAAACCACAAGAAAGGAAAUCCAAUUAUGAAGCUUUCAAACAAGGUCAUGUGAAAUUUCUUAUCUGCACAGAUGUAGCAGCAAGAGGUAUAGAUAUUGGAUCACUUCCAUACGUGCUCAACAUCACAUUACCGGACGACAAAUCAAAUUAUGUACAUAGGAUAGGAAGAGUAGGAAGGGCUGAUAGGAUGGGAUUGGCGAUAUCAUUUGUUUCAACUGUACCUGAGAAAGUCUGGUAUCAUGGCGAAUGGUGCCAUUCUCGUGGAAGGAACUGUUACAAUACAAAUUUAACCGAUAAAGGUGGUUGCUGCAUUUGGUACAACGAGCUUCAAUACCUAGCUGAUAUAGAAGACCACUUAAAAAUUACAAUUGAUCAGGUCAACCCCGAAAUGGAAAUUCCUAAAAAUGAAUUCGACGGAAAAGUUACAUAUGGCCAAAAGAGAGUUAACAAAGGGAGUGAUUAUAAGGAUCAUGUCUCCCAGAUGGCACCGUCGGUCGCUGAACUUUCAGGCUUGGAAAGUAAAGCCCAAUUGAUUUACCUCAAGAGGCAUUUCAAGAUUGCUGGUUAAUUUAACACUAUUGAACGUUUAUAAUUUUCUAUAUCGAACAAUAUUUCCUACUAUUUAAAUGUGGAAAAUCUAUAUUCUAAACUUUUCGUAAGGAAUAUCGUAUCUGUUAAUGGCAAAUUAAUAUUUUGCUACCAAUUAAUUUAAAUAAAAAUAUUAAAUAAACGAUUUAACAGAUA